AUGCGUCCCCUGCAGCGUCCCGGCCAUCUCCUCCGGCCGAUGCCGGCAUCCGGCUUCUGUGUUCCGGUCCCUGUGACGUCGGGACGUACGGGCGGCGGCGGGAAAUUUGAAAAUUUAAAAAAAUUUCAUUUUUUUCCAAACAAAUUUUACAUACAUUUUGUCCCGAGUGCUUUGCCCUGUGCCCUGCCUGCAUUUGCCUGCUUUCUGCCUGAAACUGAGAAAAGUCCAUGGCGUCCAAAAAGUGUCCCUUUAGCUCAAAAGAUCAAAAGUUUAGAUCAGCUAGAGAACAGCGAUAGUAAAUCAGAACCACUUGCAGAAUUG